AUGAAGGCAGAGCUGGGCGGAAUAGCAGGACGAGAACCGGACUUUAAUGGAGUAGAUCUGGAAUUCCAGAUCCAGAGGCAUCAAGAAGUCCGCCAAACAGGCCAUGGAAGAAAGGCAGGUGGAAAUGGCGGCGGAGUUCGCUUGCCUACAGGAGCCGUUCAUCUGGAGGAAGAGGAGGAGCGCAGACAGAGGGAGGAGAAGAAGAUCAAGGCGGAGGAAAAAUGGAGAGCAGCGGCGAACGGAAACGCGAGGAGGAGCAGAAACAGAGGGACAUUGAGGAGACGCGGAGAAGGGUACUGGAGUCGGUCAUUGGGGCGCAUGGGGGUGUCGAUGUCGUCCAGCAACUUGAAGGUCCGGAGAAAUCUUGCAGCUCCUGUGUGGAGCAUAAGAGGGACUGUACCUGGACUCAGGCGUCUAGGUCCAACAGGAUCCGAAUUGCGAUGUGUGCCGUCAGCUGAAGGCGCAGUGCUCCAGCGGCGUUCCGCCGUUAGUAUCGACAAGGGAAGAAGCGGGAGCGAGCGGAGGGGACCCCGUCUCCCCGGCAAAGGGGAAGAAGUCAGCAGAGCCUGGCAAGAUGGACGACGACGUGGAGGUGAUUUCCAAUCCCCAGACCGUGAUCGCGGAGGAGGGCAGAUGGACGGAGUACACGACCAGGCCUGGGUGGCCACUGCCAACAACAUAGUGGUGGCAUUGGCACGGACCAAUGGACUUCUGGAGCAGAGUAUCGCUGUGGGGAGGGGAGCAGAGUGGCCAUGGAUAGUCGGAGGUGUUCGGAGAUAUGGAAGUCUGGAGGUCAGGGACCGAACCCCUGAGGUCCUAGACAAAUUCCCAGAUGUUGGGGAAAUGGUAGACAGAUGUUGCCGUGGAACCAAGGCAUGUGGAACAAAGUCCACAGCACGAGAAUUGAAGGAGUUGAUGAGCCGCGGUGAGGAUAGUGGAGGAGAGAAAGGCCGCAGAGGCAGCAGAGCAGGCCAAGAGGGCGGAGGAGGCAAGAAUUGCUGUGGCGGUGGAGAGGGCAAGGUUAGCGAGGAAGCACGCAAGGUGGCGGAGGUGCGGAGAUUGGGGGUCUCGGAGCUCCUCCAGGUGGUCAUGUGCCAGCAGUGUGAGGCCACCAGCCAGGCAUGUACAUGGGCGCUGGUGCAGGAGGCCAGGCGAAAUCCAAAAGGCAGGGCCAAGGCAAAGGCCUGUGACCAGUGCGCGGGCCUAAAGGCCUCUUGUAAAGUCGACGGGGAUGAUUCGCAACCGGCCGUACUGGCGAAGAGUUGGAAAAGGACAUGGGAAGGGCAGCGGAGUCCAGUGAAAGGAUGGAGGAAGAUGUGGGAGUGGGUCAAGGCCGCUAACAACAUGGUCCUGGUGCAGGCGGAGACGAACACGAAGCUGGGGGCCCUUGCGACAGCCAUCACCCAUCUCGCCAACAGCUGGAACUACAACGGUGGAGCAGAAGGAGGAGAGGAACAGAAUCGCACUGGAGAGGGGCUUUUUGGGUCGGGGAAAGAAACGGAGGUUCUUGGGAAAAGGGGAGAGAUUGGGAGGGCGGAGGUGACCGAGCUUACUACCAGCUCUUCUGGCAGUGACACAGAGAAGCCGGAUGAAGAAUCGGAGAGUGAAGCAGAGAAGGGGCUGGAUGGAGAAGAGACAGGGGCUCAGCUGGAGCGGGAACAGAGCCGGAGGAAGAGAGGUACCGGUGGAGAAAAAUGGAAGUCUGGUUCUGCCGGUGAACGCAAGGUUCGGAACUCCAUUCCAGAGUCCUUGGUAGGACGGAGUAACUGGUAUCGGAGGGAGUUUCAGUACAGACAGCAAGCGGAGGUAGGAGGAAAAUACCUCCAACUGGUUUUCCUGGAGUGGGUUACUCCUGGAAGCGGUGAAGGUGACAUUGAGAUGUUGAACAUGGGGAGGGCAGGGUCCCAGGAUGAGUCUGGGGACGUUCAAUGUCCAAUAAUACAGCUGUUCCUAGGAGGUGUUCCAACCCUGUCCAUAGUAACAGAGGACGAUCCAGAGUAG